UACUGUUCGAAGUUAUUGUAAAAUGUUAAAAUGUUUUUUGUUUAUUUUCAUCAUCAGUGUGUUUGUUCCGUUGGUGGUAGCUAUGCGUGGGAUGAUUCUGGGCCCAGGAAGAUGGCUGGUGCUGAACAUCAUAGAAUGCGAGAACCCUGAUCAGUACGAGAUCAUGUACAACAUCAAUCGCAAGAAGAUCAACCGCACCCAUGACUGUUUCAACAUGAAUAUGGAACUAGAUAGGGUCAUCAAUACUACUUAUGCUAUACACAUAGACGUAUACCAAGAAUUUGAUGGGCGUUUCAAUUUCUACAAGAAGAUCACUGACGACUGCGCUUGCAGCUUCGUUAUGACGCACGCGGGGGUCAGCGCGAAGAGAGCUCUAACUAUGGCUAAUAUUGAUCCCCCUGAUUGUCCUUUGCAACCGGGGCCAAUAACAAUAAACAACUUCGUGAUGGACUACAGAGAACUCUCAAGACAUAGUGUUUACGGAACAUUUCAAGCCGACGUAUAUUUAUUAUAUAACAAAGUCAGACUAGCUUGCACACGAGUCAUAGCUAACUUUGAGUAUGUGGAUGACGAAGCUGAUGACUUUGACUUUGAUGAUUAUGGUGAUUUUUAAUGUAGUUGUGUCCUUUGUAAAGUUUUGUAUUAAA